UGAGAAAGUUGCUCAAGUGGCUAAGAUUCAAUACACGCAGAAGAUCUUAGAGCAGGAAUCCCUGAAAAAGAUGUCUCAUAUUGAAGAUGAAAUGCAUUAUUCGAGGGAAAAGAUGAAGGCAGAUGGAGAGUUCUACUCAAAGGAGAGGCUUGCGGAGGCAAAUAGGCUGCUAUUAACCCCGGAGUAUUUGGAACUCAAACGCUACGAAGCAAUUGCUUCUAACAACAAGGUCUAUUUUGGCAAGGACAUUCCAAGCAUGUUCAUCAAUCAUUGCUCACGGCAAUCGGAAGUUGAUGCUACUACCCUAGAUACCAUCACUGCUUCUCUGGCAGGCAAAGGAGCCAAGGGUACUGAACAGGCUACAAAUACAAAAUCAAUGAAGAAACUAGUGUCUGAUCAAGACAGCACUGCUGCAAAGUUCUACGAGCAAGAGGUAUCAGGCUACUAAUUGCCAUUGAUUUCUGUUUGUCAGUGCUCAAGAGAGGACCAUAAUGGAGGCAUUGAGAUGCUUCGAUGGACCUGUGUGUUUACAUUGUUUCUAUCAUGUUAAUAAAUGAUUGCUAUAUUUGCACUUUGGUAA